AUGUUUGCGAAUCGUGCGAGAUUCCCUGGUCCUCCUAUUGGUAAUCAAAUACCAAUUGGAUCUCCUGAAUAUCAUUGGAAAACACGUUGGCCGUCUUUAAUUUCGUCAAUUCUCGGAGGUGUUAUCAUUUUCUUCUCAGUAAUAAUAAUCGUCUUAGAAAUUGCUCUGUUAGGAGUGAUUGGCGAUGUCACUGGUGAUGGAGUUUAUUUCACCGGAGUUGGAAUUUGGUGUGGAGUUUUCACUCUUGCUGCUGGAAUUCUUAUUCUCAUAAUAAGAUGGAUGAAAUCUAUUCGUCGUUGGUCAUUCAUUGCCUUUAUUGCGAGUAUCGUCGGAGCAAUGUUCUCAAUUAUUGAAUUGGGUAUCAAUGCGAAACGAGUUGAUUUAGCAAGAAGCGCCGGAUUAUUUGAUUUUAGUGAUUCUCGUGUAAAGAGUCUAGGUGGAUUACCCGCUGCGCAACUUGCGUUUGGAAUUGUUCUUUUUCUUCUUUGUCUCGCUUUCAUUGCUCUUUGGAUUUAUGUGAAAAUUCAAAUCAAACGUCAAAUGUCUCGACGACAAUUUGGUCCUCGUCGAAUUUAA